AUGGGAAAAAAAAUUAACCAGGUUCACAUUGUGACGGAUCACGAUGACCUCUUUGGUACACAAAACAAAGCUGACAUUGCUAUGAAAGGAUCAAUACUUGUAUCAAACACGUUGCUUCCGUCUGAUAAAUGUUUGCCACUUUUAUCAAGAAGUACGAGUCAAGGAGCGUCUUUUCAUGCAAAGCCUCAAACCCAUUUAGACACUGAGCAUCCAAUCGGAAGGACGCGUGUACCGUGGCACUCGAAAAGUGUAUCGGAUCUACGAAAUCCAGAUACGAAACCCGUUCGCAUUGUUGCAUUCGAUGUUGGUGGUAAACUCUUUCGUUGCAAGGAAAGUUUGAUUGCGAAAUAUCCACUCAAAAGACUCAAUCAGAUUAUCAUGUGUGCGUGUGGCAAGGUCGGAUGUCUCGAUGAUGCAUUCUAUAUCGACCGUAAUCCACAGCACUUUGAAAUGAUUCUAGAUUGGUAUCGAACUGGAAAACUUGUUCGCCAACGUAACGUCAAUGAACAAGCGUUUAAAGACGACGCAGUUUACUUUGACCUGUAUGAAGAGUUAUUUCCAUCAAGCGUAGUUGGUGAUCCAUCGCAUGCGUGGUCGACUACUACAAAGACCCCAGCGGAAAUACCUACUCGUAGACGAUCAGUCAACGAUGUCGACUUGGGUCGCAGUAGUACGAAACGUGUUAGCAUGUUUGCCAAUUUAUCGUCUCCAUCUGCUGGUCUUCACUUACACAAGAAGACAACCGAAGCCGCAACGCAGACAGAGAAUGAAAAACCUCAAGAUGUAGGGCUUCCUACGGCCCCAGACGACGAGUCGUUGCGUUAUUUUCGAUGCGAGAGAUGCAUAUUGACUCCUACUAGCACUCCUUUGGUGUUCACGAUUCGUAAAUUUGAGCAAUUGCAAGUGGAGAGCGUUGCGGGCCGAGGCAAGCUCAUGGUUCGUGUGUGCGAUACGACAGGAAUGCAAAAGGUGAACGUCCCAGAAGCUGUCGUAUUCGACAGUCACUCUCGCUUUUACCUGAAAGGUGCGCGCACGCAGCUACAGCAUAACGCGCUGUUACCAGGAGAUCAUGUGUACACGUUUUGGAUGGAAGAGGAUGCAAUCGAUGCAAGUUAUCAAGCAUCAGCACCCUCAGCGCUGAAAAUCGUAUUCAAACUUUUUUUCACGUUUGAAUCCGUUGAUCGACUAACUUCUACCAUGGAGGUCAAACUAUCACGCGGAACGUCCGAAGGCAAUGAUGCUAUUCGCACAAUAGCCCCUGAAGAUGAUCGGCAGCACAAUCGAAAGUCUCACUCGUUCUCACCAAGUCUGUUUAUGCCGCUAUCGCAAGUGAAGCGCGAUCUGGGAUUCAUUUUGCCUCCGGACGCAACGAGUAAACGUAUUAUCCCGCUCACACUAAACAAACACUUGUCAUCAUCGCCGUCAAUGACGAAGACACAAGUUGUGAGACGUGGGAAUUACCCUGAUCUACACGUAGGAGCUACGAUCAUGCAUGGUGCCCAGGUUUUGCAUCCAUGA